ACUUAGAAGUUAGAGGGAGAUUUAAAUCAUUUGAUGCAUUGGGCCAGUACGUGGCAGAUGAUGUUUAACUAUCCAGAAUUUAAGGCGAUGCAUGUAAAUUUCACAAUUCAAAUAAUUGUUACAUUAAAUGGAAAUACAUUAAAUACUGUGGAUGAAGAAAAAAUCUUGUUGUUGUGAUUGAAAAAUCACUUAAGUCAUCUAAACAGUGUAUUGUAGCUAGCUAACAAUAGGGCUAAUAGGAUUUUGGGUAGCAUCUAUAGAAAUAUUGAAUAAAAGACAAGGGAUAUUCACUUUAUACAUCACUUGUAAGGCCACAGUUAGAGUACUGUGUACAGUUUUGGACUCUCUUCUUCAGAAGGACAUUGACUUGUUGGAGAAGGUUUAGAGAAGAGCUACUAGGAUAAUACCUGGGAUAUGGUGGGCUUGUCCUAUGAGGAGAGACUAAAAUCACUAAACUUGUUUUCUCCGGAGAGAAAAAGGGUCAAAGGGAAUUUGAUUGAGGUGUUUAAGAUUAUUAAGGGUAUUGAUAAUAUAGAUCCAUCAAAUCAUUUUGUGUGACUAAAAAUGAAAUAGUUUUGCUGAAGAAAACUUGUGUGAAUCUGAGUUUCCAAUAAAAAGUAAUUAGCACUUAGUAUUUGCAAUAAAAGUUGAAAUAGCUGUAGUCUGAGCUAAGUUAGUAAGUAACAUCUUUUAGGUUGAAGCAUCAAUUAUGGGAUGGAAGAAAAGGAUCUUGACAUUGUGGGUGUUGAGCAGUUACAAGUGAUUACCUUAUCAAGAUCUUUACUGCGAGCACUCCACUGAAAAAAAAAGAGACUGAUUACAGUGUUAUAAUUGUUGUCAACAUCAAAAAGCGAGUUCUUUGAAGUUCGUAAAAAUCAAAACCUAAUGAACUUUAUUUCUCAUCUGCAAAAAAGAAAUAUUGUGGCAUCGAACUUAAACGGGCCAUUGCAGCAUGGGGAAUAUGAAUGGCAAGAUCCAAAGUCUGAAGAGGAAGUAGUCAAUGUUGUAUUCGUUACGAAAGAUGGAAAAAGAAUUCCAGUUCGAGGGAAAAUAGGUGAUAAUGUGCUUUACUUAGCCCAUCGUUAUGGAAUUGAAAUGGAAGGGGCAUGUGAGGCUUCUCUAGCUUGCACAACCUGCCAUGUAUAUGUUCAGAAUGAAUAUUUUGACAAACUACCAGCAGCUGAAGAAAGUGAAGAAGACCUUCUUGAUAUGGCACCAUUUCUAAAAGAAAACUCAAGAUUAGGUUGUCAAAUAAUACUUACCAAAGAGUUAGAUGGAAUAGAACUAAGGCUUCCAACUGCUACUAGAAACUUCUACGUAGAUGGUCAUGUUCCUCAGCCUCACUAAUCUGUUGUGGAAGUGAAAAUCAUGAGAAAUUUUGAGCCCACCAGUAAAGACUGAUCUGUAGUGAUGUACUGAAGGACCUAAACAGCUUACACAGAGAUGCAGAAUAUGGCCACUUUGGAUAGGAGGUGUUAGCAUCAUACUUUUGCUCGUGAUAAAUCCUAAAUCCCAGUUUCCUGGAAUUUCAUGGGGUUUCUUAUCUGGAUAAAACCAUAUAAAACUAUGAUUAAAGUAUAAGCACAAGAAAUAAAAGAAAUAACUUAA